AUGGUGGAGGAGGACACCACUGUGGCAAGGCCUGCCCUGUGGGAGGCAACACCAACGCCCAUGGUGGAGUCCUUCCAUGCCGCUAUUUGGUACAUCCUGCGGUACUGCGGAAACGUGAUAGAUGCCGCGGAGUUGCUCUCGUGGCGAACAUUGUUGCAAAUCCCUCUACGCGUGACAGCGGGCAUGCGCACAUCCAUCAGAAUGGGGGAAGAAUUAGAGCUUUUCCUGAGGCUUGCCUUGCGAAUACCCAGUUGGAUGCAGGUGCGACAGAUAGAAGAGCAGUACGCUGAGCAAAUACAUGUUCGGUUGGCGUUGGAUCGACUCAGCACAGUUUUUGUAGACAAACAAAAUGAUGGGGAGGAAAGACGCCAGGAUGACACGUUCCUGCGUAUAAUGGAUGGAAAGGGGGUGGCUAAACUUCUCUUGACGAAUAAUGGUGAGGGCGUAAAGGAGGUACUGCAAACGGCAAGGGUCAGGGAACUCCGGCAAUUGGCUCAGCUCCAGCGAGAGGAUGUAAGACGUGGCAAGCAAAAAGAAGAAGAAGGAGAGGUGGAUACAAAAGUCUGUCAUGACGAUUAUUGUGAUGGUGACACGGUAAACAUUGAGUCUGCGGAGGCGGGAAUAGACGACUUCACCACAGGCAAGAGCCCUGCUGCAGGUGUGAGGCGAUCCUCCACAGGGUUGCCGUCGCGCAAGGAAGACCUCAUUCACCACAUUCUCGCCAUGGAUUUCCCUGAGGCCUUGUUUGCUGCUACUUGGGACGCGGUUGUCGGGCCCAUCUGCCGUGUUCAUCAACGACUCAAGGAGAGUGUUUGUCGAGUUUGUGAGUUGCUCCAUGUUCUCACAUGCCAUUGCGGCACCGGUGGCAUAUUUUCGGUGUUGGGUCGUUUUCAUCCGACCCGUCCACUCUCCGCGGCACUUUGGCUGUUGGCGCCGAGGCUUCUAUUGCAGCGAGACGUGCGUGUUGUUUGCAUGCCGACGCCACCGUGGUGGCAAAUAAAUGGUGUUUCUGGUGAGGGCCCCUUUUCAGUUUUGGCACCGCUCUGUUUGUUCUCCUCCUCUGGCUCUCUCACGAGUUAUGUGGGGGCAUUGCGACUGCAUCAGAAACUGAUUGAGGCCUCUGCUGCCAAGGCAGGGAGGGGCGGGGGUCUUGUUUUCGCAAUGGGAUCUCACAAUGCCGUGGAAGAUGCUCUCGUUUUGCUGCAGCAACAACAGCCACUGGGACGGAAACGAGAGUAUUCAGAGGUUAAUAAUUCCGGAGGUCCGAGCGACCCUGUGUCGUGUGGCAGGAUGUGCACCCAGGAAGCGGGUGCCAUAAAUAAUGAGGGAGGGAUCCUCACCGUCGAAUUCAUGCUUCAGCGGGGUGGCUUGUUAUACGAACAUCUUCUUCCUUUUCUUCCAAAGUACGCCUGGUUCGCGUGUGCGGAGCUUCUGGUGCCUCUGCUGCAGUACAACAAAAGGUACGACUUGGCCAACCAGUGGUUGCAAAGACUUCUGGAGGAGCCCGUGCACAUUGUGAAAUCGGCAUGCGGGGCCGUCACUUUUCCAUUCUACUACCGCCCCCAGAAGCGUGGGAAGUGGUGGCACCGAGUGGCCCAGAAUCUCGCGCUCCUGGGAAACAAAAAGGCGGCGUUGGAGAUUCUUGAGAAACAGCAGCGAGUCUGGCGGCAACACUCAUCGACGACACAUCGUUGUGUCCGCGUAGAGUCAUUCAAGAGCCUUCCCGUGACUUUACAGCGUCGCGUUCGUCUUCUCUCUGCCGUGUUUCCGUCGGUGAAGGGCACCAGCCGCGGAGUUCAGAAUAGGGUGGCGUUAUAUAACGCUGUCAACGAGUACCACCGACUCCACUCCUGUCGUCGUUUUGAUCGUAUUGCCAUUGAGAGGACGCUUGCAUCUCUGCAUUGCUCUCUGCUUCGCUGGACGCCUCUUCCCGCUUCCCACACCUGUUUCACCAAUCAACUCUUGGUAGCGAAGGAGUUGACCAUAUACGCCACCCGAGACGCAAUGGAGCCAAAUCUUUGGGGUGAUCCGUCUCACUCGAUGGCGUCCUGUAGCGUCGAGAAACAUGCCCUACGCUGGUUUGGCGCUGGGCCGAGCCAAAACACUGGCUGGCUUGGGCUGCACUGUGAAGGGCGCUGGCUUGCGUGUUUGGCGCGUCUUCUUCUGUGGGAUGCAUAUGUUUUUGUUCCAACUCGGGAUGGAUGUGAAGGGGUGGAGCUGGAGACGACGGCAGCUGGCGUGCCAGAUUACAUUUGGCUCUCCCCACUACAGGACCACCCCCUUGACCUCAUCUCCUCCACGGCUUUCUGCCAGCGGCGUCGACGCAUCAUCGAGGAGCGGCUGGAGUUCUUUGAGGCGUGUUCCCGAGAGACGCUCAUUGAAUACGUGAAGCGACGCUGCCGAUUGAAGGACACCCCGAAUAGUAGCGACUCCAACCCCGUGCGAGAUGGGCUGAGUGGCCGCGAAGAGUUGCAGGGUGAAUGUGAGAGCGAGGUGAGCCUGCUGAGCAGCGAAGAUGGGGAAUUGGUGUUGCUUGGGCAACCGAAUCUGCGCCAAGACGAGAGGCAGGAAGAUUUACUUCCCUCGUUUUUUUUCCAUGACAACGCCUCCGUGUCACAGAAGGUAGAUGUUGGGGAGUUGCAUUUGCUGAGUCUCCUGCAGGCGAUUCCGCAGGUCCCACUGUGCGCUCUUUUGCGCCGCAUUUACCUCUCUCCGCCGGAGGAGGGCUACAGCAUCUGCUUCUCUGGAUUCCCCGACCUCGUCCUGUGGCGUGAGGCACCACUCUCCCUCGUUGAGCCGGAAUUUAAACUUGUGGAGGUGAAGAGUCCAAAUGAUAGAUUGAGUGAUAAGCAGAUGGCGGCAAUUGAUGCACUCUGCCGGUGCGGAUUUGAUGUUACUGUAGCUCGCGUCGUGGAAAGUGACCAAACCGCAAAGAGAAAAGGCCCAUCCAAGAAUCAUCGUCUCGUUCCUGACCGCGUGCAGGAUGGAGUGUUGCUGGAUGCUGAGCACGUCCUUGAGUGA